AUGGUGACAGAAAAACUUCUAAAAUCCCCUUCUGAUCAACUUAAAGUUAGUUUGAAUUUAUCGAAGCUAGAAAUUGACCUUAUCAGGUUCUCUUGGAAUCAAAUGUUAAUGGAAGAUACACUAGCUUGUAAUCAAUCGUUUCUUGGAUCCCCAAGUCCAAAAAUUCCUGGUGGUUAUUGUGAAGAAGACAAGCCUCCAAUUGAAACCCCUGAUAUCAAUAGAAGAGUAUCAAGCUCUAAUGAAAUCUUACAGGCUAAAUCUUUGGCUGCCGCAACAAGUUUGUUUUGCUAUCAAUUCUAUGAGAAUUUACUAUCUUGUGAGCGCAAUCUAGAGAUAAUGUUCCCAUCAUUACGACAUCAGACUACCAGCUUUGCUGCAGUUUUAUCAAUAGUGGUUAUGCAAUUAGACGAAUUAACAAGAUUAGAAGAUUAUUUGUGGAAAUUAGGAAAAAGACAUAGCCGAAUUCUAAGCAUUGAACCUACUCACUUUGAAAUAAUGGGAGAAGCGUUGAUCCAAACUUUCCAUGAAAGGUUUGGCACUACAUUUAACCAAGAAUUAGAAGCCGCGUGGAUAAAAUUGUAUCUUUACUUGGCAAAUAGCAUUUUACAAUUUGGAAUUGAUCCUGUUAUAGAGUGCAAAGGCCCCAUUUGCAAUUAUCGUGUCUAUACACAACCCGGUGUUAAUCCCAGCUUGGGUUUGGAACCACCUGCAAAUGCUCAGAACAAUAUCUCAUGGAAUUCAUAUAAUCCACUCUCACCUCUGAGCAUCCCCCCAUCUAUCAAAACACCACGUCCUCCACCACCUCCACUACCUCCUAUUUCUCCUAUCCCUUCUCCUGCUUUAGACCUCCGAGAUCAAGAAAGUAUAUCUAGUGAACAAAAUUCUUCAUCUUCACACAUUUCAGAUAAUCAAGAUCAAAAAAGUUUUGCAAGUAGAGGGUCUUCGCAGCGCAGACACAGAACUAAAGCUAUUUCACAAUAUCAUCCACUGGUAGCUGCAAUGGCACGGUAUAAAUAUCGCAAGAGAUAAAUCAAAGGAAAUAGUAUUAAAUAAUUAUAUAUAGGAAUUAUGUUUAAUGAAUGUUU